UGUACUCAAUGAGGAUGACAUUCUUGGUCUCCUUCACUUUCCUGUUGCUGAACUGUUUGUUGAGCUGUUCUGCUGAUUUCAAUUCUACACUUAUGGAAUACAGGAAAGCAUACUAUGAUAGCCAAGCUAUGCAAUAUCAUGUUUUUCAAAUUCGGGCCGCUUACAGUGAAAAUUUCGAUGUUGAAAUGCUGUUAAGAGAAAGCCAGAGACUCGAUCGUUUAUACCAACUGAAAUGGAUUAAUGAACUAAUAUCUUCACCUGUUUUCUCAGCAAGCCAGAAGAUUGACUCAGCCACUAAGAGACGAUAUGCAAAUGAGUACGAAAAAGAGAAACGUCUGAAUCAAUCUACACCUCUGGGCACAGAAAGUGAUAAACUUAUUGAGGCACUCGAAAAGAAAUGGAAAGCCAGAGCAAGAUUGGAUGCUGCUGAAGAUGCCCGCCUGAAAUCAUCUAAAUCAUUGGCAAAGUGUGUGAAAAGAAAAGAAAAUACACCAGAGAAAGUGAAUUUGGCGAGUGGGGAGAAACAAAUUCUAGAACUGAAAAAGGCUGCCAUUAAAGGACUUUAUGAACUGAUUGAAGUAUUCAAGAAAUACAUAUUGAAUUACGAUGAUGAACUAACUGAUUCAUUAGAAACUGAUACCUUAUUAGCCGAAGUGAAGUACGGCAGGGAAAUAGAUGCACUUGUCAACAAAAUAGUCGACGUGGAGCGUCAACGACUUCAGUAUCUACAAUUACUUUGUCCAGAUGAAAGAGUGAAAGUCGUAAUAGACUCAGUGAUUGCAGAGGUCUACACACCAACGAAAUAAACAUGGUCUGCCAGCAAUGGAUCACUACACUGGAAGAACGCAUCUACAAUAUAUUGAAGUACUGUUCAGCAUGCUUUCAUGAUAAUUUAAUUCUUAACUUAGUAACUCUCUCUUCGACAGAAACAUUGGCUGAAAUACUUUUCUUUCUGUUUUCGUAACUGAAUUUUAAUACAAAUAAAUGUGUGUGUGUGUCAGUUUCA